UAAAGAAACAGGCAUCCAAGACUCCACAAUUAAACAAUUGGAAACAAUGGCCCUGAAAGCUAAAGUGUUGUAUGAUUUCCACGCUGAGAACCCAGGGGAGAUCUCCAUAGCGGAGAAUGAGUUGGUGACUGUGUUCACUGAGGAGGAGCUGGAGGGCUGGCUGGAGGGGGAGAACACCAAAGGAGAGGUUGGCCUAUUUCCUGCCUCUUAUGUUGAUCUCAUCAAGGACCACAUCAGCCCCAGCGCCAGCAACAACGGCGUCUCUUCACCCAAAACCAUAGCAAUCCAGUCCCCGGCCCAUACGUCGCACGCAUCCUCGGACUCUCCGUCUCAGAGGGGAUUUAAGGCGGGCAGCGGUGGAGGGAGCAGCUUCAACACCAGCCAGGGCAGCGAUGACGACUGGGACGACGACUGGGAUGACAGCUCCACUUCAACAUUUGAGCCUCAGGGUUUUGGCACUACCCCUCCCAUAUACCCGGUCACCACCUCCCUGCCGAGCCGCAGGAGCAGCCAGCAGCAGCAGCAGGCCAAGAGCUCGGCAACGGUAGGAAGAAACCUCAACAGGUUCUCUACCUUCGUCAAGUCCGGUGGGGAGGCCUUCCUGCUCGGGGAGGCCUCGGCUUUUGUGAAGGAUGGGGACAAGAUUGUUGUGGUGAUGGGAAAGCAUGGAGCGGAGUGGCAGGAGGACCCUUAUCCCUUCACAUGCACCAUCGAUGACCCCACCAAGCAGACCAAGUUCAAAGGGAUGAAGAGCUACAUGUCUUACGGUCUUACUCCAACGCACACCAACGUACAAGUUAACCGCAGGUAUAAACAUUUCGACUGGCUCUACGCUCGGCUUGUUGAGCGUUUCCCCGUCAUCUCUGUGCCCCACCUGCCGGAGAAGCAGGCCACGGGACGCUUUGAAGAGGACUUCAUCUCCAAGAGGAGGAAGGGUCUGAUCUGGUGGAUGAACCACAUGGCCAGCCACCCGGUGCUGGCCCACUGUGACGUCUUCCAGCAUUUCUUGACGUGCGGGGCGGACGAGAAGGCCUGGAAGAUGGGCAAGAGAAAGGCAGAGAGGGAUGAGCUGGUCGGAGCCAACUUCUUCCUCACGAUCAGCACGCCCGCUGUUCCUCUGGACCUUCAGGAGGUCGAGAACAAGAUCGAAGGCUUUAAAACCUUCACCAAACGAAUGGAUGAGAACAUUGUCGUUAUGAACACCACCAUUGGCGAGUUUUCCCGCAAACAAAUGACGGGCUUCAAGAAGGAGUACCAAAAGGUUGGGCAGUCCUUCAGACUUCUCGGACAGGCGUUUGAGCUGGAUCAGCAGGCCUACUCGGCAGGCCUGAACCAAGCCAUCGCCUACACCGGCGAGACGUACGAGGUCAUAGGGGAGUAUUUCGCAGAGCAGCCUCGUCAGGACCUGGAACCUAUUUCUGAUCUGCUCGAUCUUUACAAAGGACAUCUGGCCAAUUUUCCUGACAUCGUUCAUGUACAGAAAGGUGCACUGACCAAAGUGAAAGACUGUCCGAAACAGGAGGGUGAGCUCCACGACCGCUGCAACAUCAUAUCUUGUGCCACGCUGGCAGAAAUCCAGCACUUCCACCGCACGCGUGUGCGAGACUUCCGCUUGCAGAUGCAGCACCACCUCCACCAGCAGAUCAGCUUUUUCCAGAAGAUUACCGCCAAACUAGAGGACGCGCUGCAGAAAUAUGACGAUCAAUAA